AUGUGUGACACAGACAAUAAUUCACUAACUAUAGCUCCAGCUCCAAUCGAUUGGUUAUGUCAUUUUUGUGCUUCUUUCAACCAAUUCACCGAGAAACAAUGUAAACUUUGCGGAAGUACAUUGACUCUUUCGUCUUCGAACAAGACAAAUCACGAAACAACAAAUGCAACCAGAAUAAAAACACAAUUGCAGAGAUCAAACUCUAUUACGGUUCUUUCACUCACAGCAUAUGAACAGCAACACAACGAUGAAGCUGAUGCAGAACGUCGAUUCACUGAUAUUCUUCAAUAUUGUCAGGAGAAUGGUAUAAAUUUUGUCGAUGAUCAAUUCUCACCAUCAUCCAGAUCAGUAGGCCGUGAAGAUAUGUCUGUCGUACAGUGGCUUCGCAUUCAAGAUAUUGCCGAUGAAGAAAAGGAGAAAAAAGGAUUAUGGACAGUCAUGCUCGAUCCACAAUCGGACGACAUCGAACAAGGUCAUUUAGGAGAUUGUUGGCUGAUGGCUGCAUUGGCACUGGUCACUGAGAGACCACAGAUGCUGUCACACAUACUUCUGACGCCCAUAGUUAAUCGACAAGGUAUUUAUUUAGUCCGUAUUUGUCACAAUGGAUUAUGGAAAACAGUGUUACUUGAUGAUUAUUUUCCGUGUACAGCAAGAAAACAUCUUGCCUUCACGAAGGCUAGGCGACAACAAUUAUUUGCCCCACUGAUUGAGAAGGCGUGUGCUAAAGUACAUGGAUCGUAUAGCAACUUGUGUAGAGGUUCCAUGAGAGAAGGUUUACAACUGCUUACUGGUGCUCCUUCUGAUCAAAUCACCCUAGAUCAACUAAAUGAUGAAGAUAACGAUAAUCGAGAUAUCCUGUGGACAAAACUCGUCUCAGCAUGCGAAGCUAAUCUAUUGAUUGGUGCCUCGACAGGUCGCAAGGAUGUUUCCAAAGCUGACUACGACAGAGUUCACCUUAAUAGACAUCAUGUGUACUCUGUUCGAAUGACUCAUGCCAUCUCAUCCAACGAACGAUUUAUCCUAUUGAGAAAUCCACAUGCUCGAUCGAAUUAUACAGACGAUGACAUAACGACUCAAGUAUUUCAACGUCUUCAAAAUGUGAAUAGAGCUGAUCCAUCGGCUGGUUCCUUCUGGAUGUCAUGGAGAGCAUUUCGACGAUUUUUUGCUGAUUUGACCAUCUGUUCUUAUCGGGAUAAUUUAUUCGAUGUCAGACUGGAGGGCCAAUUCACUCCACAUGCAGCACAUUCAGUACAAGCAUACUAUUUCUAUUUAGACAGGUGA